AUGGCACUGAACCUUGAGAUUGUUCCUCUGAAUGCCUCUAUUAGCAUGUAUGGCCCGGCCGACCAGGCAUCCUCCUACUCUCUCUCGGGCCACGUCGCCGUAUCCCUCCGUCCAACCGUCGGUAUCUUCGGCAAGCGGCCCGCGCCCGCGCGCAUGCUGUUGAAGUCGCUCGCGUUGACGUUCGAAGGCCAGUCGGAGCUGUAUACGUCGACAACUGGCUACUCUGCUGUGCGCCUGUGCACGAUCAACAAGAGCCUCGUCACGCCUUCGUGCCCCAUCGAGCUCUGCGCAGACGACUUCGAAGAUGGCGCAACUUGGAACAUCACCUUUGACCUACGUCUACCUGGGUGGCUACCUCCGAGCGACAUCUUCGGUGAUAUCUCAACUGCGACACCUGGGACCUCCUACGCGUUGCACUGCACGGCCACCGCGAUUCCGCUUGAAGACAGGUCUGCCACUACAAGCUGGAUGUCGCUGUGCACGCCCAGCUUCCUGCGCACCCGCGUCGUUGAAGCUGCGCCGUGUCCCGUCAUCAUCAACCGCUACAGUACAGCAUCCCCCACCAGCGCUAUGAUGACCAACUAUAUCGUCAAGGCAAAUCUGCCUGAGGGCCCCAUCGGUGUCCCGCGCGAGGUUCUCGACAAGCUCGAAAUCGUCAUCUCAGCACCGGAGUAUGUGACAAUGGACCAAGAAGAGUUCCCCUUCUUCGUGCGGAUGCGCGCUCCGGGCCUCAGCGACGAAGAUGCAGCGCGCCUACGCUUCGAUAGUGUCAUGAUUACCAAGCUCGAGCAAAUCGAGAAGUACAGGACUGAUCUCGGUUCUUGGGGAGAGCGCUAUCCUCUACCUCCAAUGUCCAGGCAGCCACCCAACGUCGAACUCCGCCAGCCGCAUCCGAUGCACACUAUGUUCGACGUAGGACUCUGUUCCGCGCGCCAGAACUUCACGCUCUGCGACACCUUCUCCCUGCUGCCCGAAGCAAAGAUCGUCCGCUAUAAGCUUGAGCGCUCCGCCCUCGACAUUCCCCAUGGCGAUAUCCCGCCCCGCACAGGUGACGCUUCUGGCGAUGCCGUCGCUUGGUACGCCGUACAGACCUCCAUCCCACUCGAGCGCGCUUCUUCAGAGCCGCUCCCUUGGGUUGGUGCCCGUACUCUUCGCCCGGAUACGGCUGGGCCGUGGCUCUCUGUCCGCCACCAGAUGACAAUCAACAUCUGCGUUGCCUGGACGGAGGAAGACGGUGCCGAUGCGUGCGUUGAGCGCCUCGCGUUCACUCUCCCGCUGGAGAUCAUUCGCACGCGCCCGUCCGUUGUCGCGCCCACUGAGCCAGUCCGUGAUAUUGCGCCCCAGACUUCGUCUAUCUCCAUGCCUCCGUUGCUGGCAUACGACCUUCCCGUGUACAACCAGCUCUACCACUCGAAUGGCGAUAGGAAGAUCGAUCAUUCUGAGCAGCUGCCUUUGUACAGCGCAUUCGACCCACAGCAGAGUCAUGCCGAGGAUGGUGCCGCGCCUAUGCGCAAGCCGUCCAUGGUCGAGGGUUUGGGCAUUCCGCCCACAACCACCGCAUCGGCUUGA